AUGGAGACCCUUGCCGUGGGAACCCUCAACAACCUCCACACUCUCGGAGUGGGAGUUGCGUGUACCGCCUUUGUGAUGACUGAGUUGCAAAGGCGAUUUGAGUUGACCACCGUCGAUCUGAAGUCGCAAUCCUUGCGAAUCCUCUGCCGGAGUUUGCCAGAAACCUGUGCCUUGGCGGCGACGCUGCUGGUGGCCUUGGCCCUGCGGCUCUUCUCAAACCCAGAUCGAAAUGUCUCGGCGGAUCCAGUGGAAAUACAAGUUUGGGAGCAGAUCAAGCAGGAGUGGCCCAUUCUGAUGGGUGCGGACACCCUGUUGGCGGUGCAGGCCAUGCUGAGGCUCUUGGUGUGGGUGGCAGUGGUUCUCCGCAUGUCCCAAGAAACGGAUGGAUCUCCUUUGGCAGGAGCUUCGUCGACACUUUACUUGGCAGCAGCUGGAGCACGAAGCCUUCUUUCAGCGCAGACGUCCGCUUAUGGUCUGGACGGACCUCUUGGCGGUUCCUUCGCUGUUUUCUGUGAGGUCACCUCCGGUGUGUGGCUGGCUGCCCUUUGCUCCAAGGUCGGCAGAGGCUCCUGGUGCUCGGGCGCUUUCUUCGCGAUGGCGGCCUGGGCAGCGUCGCGUCACUACCUGAACCUCUCCGGAGCCGAGCCGGGAGGCGACUACUCCAAUGACAGGCUCUUCAUCCUGGCGCACUGCCUGGAGUUCUUUGGAUCGAUGGCAUUUUUGGCACGAUCUUUCCGCACUGUGGCCGGGGAGCCUGAGUCGAUCCAGGCCCAAGCCCUGAACCCGCGCAGGGUGUCGACUUCCUGGGACGGCUUUGUGUACUUGCUGCUGGCGGCCCAGCAGGCCUUGCCGGCCUAUUACUUUCUGACGGCCUUCGCGCCAUGUCAAAGACUCGUGGGUGAAGGUCGACCAUUCUGUCUGUUGAUCAUGGCAAAUCUGCUCCAGCUGGCUUUCCUGCUCUGUGCCUUGGCCUUCUACGUGGCUGGCCUACUUGGCGUAUCCACAGUCCAGGGAGGUGAGCCGGCAGUGCUGUUGAUGGAUUCCGGCAAAGGCACUGACAGACACUCUGCGGCUGCAGAGGCCAACGUAGCGGCCCUCAGGAAUCCCUUUGCAGCACUGCUCAACUUCAGUGCGUGCUGGGUGCUUGCUUCGUGGUAUCAGCGGGGAAAGGGGGAAGUGUACUGUGUGGGGGCCAUCAGGCUUGUUCAGUCGCGUGGCAUUCCUGUCGCCCUGGAGGGUAAGGACCUGCUCUGUCGUGCACGAACCGGGAGCGGCAAGACUCUGUGCUACGCAAUCCCGCUUGUGCAGCGACUGCUUCAAGAGGUGGAAGCCAAAGGUUCUGCGACACCUCUGAGUGGUCUCAUACUAGUUCCCACCAAGGAGCUCAUAGCUCAGGUACACCGCGUUGUGACUUCUUUGCUAGGCUUCUGUUUCGAUGUUCUCACCGUGGACAUCCUCCUCUCGGGUGACAAGUACAGCAAAGCAGAGCUGCCUGUGAUGUUGGUGACAACACCUUCCUCGCUUCUUGCACUGGUGAAGCAACGUGAGGCCAGAGGUGCCAUGAAACCGUUGUCAGAGACACUCAAAGUCUUGAUUCUGGACGAGGCUGACCUUAUGUUUUCAUACGGUUACGAGGAGGAUGUCAAAGCUCUUUGUGCCUUGAUGCCACCCAAAUACCAGGCGAUGCUGGUCUCUGCGACUUUGUCAGAGGAAGUUGAGCAGCUCAAGGGCCUGAUGCUCCACAAGCCGGUCGUCCUCAAGCUGGAGGAGCCGCGCGUGACGGGAAAGCUUACACAGUUUUACUUUGUCUGCCACAAGACCGACAAGUACCUGAUCAUCUAUACGCUGCUGAAGCUGCAGCUGAUACAGGGAAAGACGCUUAUUUUCGUGCAGAGCAUUGAAGCGGCCUAUCGGCUUAAGAUCCUGCUGGAGCGCUUCAGCAUUAACUCCGCCGUGUUGAACUCCGAGCUACCGCACGCUAGCCGUCAGAACAUCAUCGACUCCUUCAAUCAGGGGGCAGUGGAGCUGCUUGUUGCCACUGAUGAGGGCCUUGGGGGCAAUGAGGACAGAAACUGCAAUGCACGCACGUGCAGAGCGAGAGCCGCCGAAGGAAGAAGUGGCCGAGGCCGGACCAGCUUGGCUCCGUUGCUUCCACGGGCUCUGGCUCUUCUCUGGCUCUUGCACUUCGAACGCUGUAGGAGGGCUUACCCAAGUUCGGACAGCUGCAGACCGAAGUUACGAGUGCUUCAAACUACCUAA